AUGGAGGAUGCAGUGACUCUUUCGUCGACGCUUCGACGUGCCUCUCCAUUGACCCGGCGUCGGGCGCUGGUGAUUCUUUUUGCUAUGCGCAGUUGUGCACAGAAACAUGGUAUUACCCUUUCGCUGGCCUCCAUUACUACUGCUCUCGAGUUCUCGAUGGCAGGGAAGCCGAUACGCUUCUUGUUUGCCACUGGAGGCCACGCCUCUGUCCUCCGUAGCCACGACAGAGGUGGCACGUGGCGGAUUGCAUACCGGGUAACUGGGACGAGCAAAGACCCCAUAAAUAAACCCCUCUCAGCCAAUGAUAUGACCGCCAUGGAAGACCUGGUAAGGCUCCUACCGUCAUCCGAAUCUGAGAUGAAACAGAAAGAAGAUUCAAGAAGUCACUGUUCCCCAACGGCUUCGGCGACACAAAUAACACACGUCACAGCACUGAACAGUAUGGUUGCUGUGUGUGGCAGCCAUGCAUUUCUGGCGGUUUCUGGUGAUAGAGGAAUGACCUUUGUUGCUGUGGAAGAGGGGGCCAUAUAUUCAUGCAUGAAGGAUGAACGGAGCGCAUCAAGCGGGUCCGUGCAGGUUGAAGGAGUAUCCUUUUUGUCAGAACAAUUGCUUCUUUUUUUUUGCAAGACUCAGCUAUUUUCAAUUGAGCUUAUUCACCACCACCAUCAUCGGCGUCAGCAGCCGCAGCUUGGUGCUGUUGCGCUCGGCCACGUCAGCCUAGUUAAGGUGUUUGCAACCCCCAUUGGAUGCUUGAAAACCCUUUCUCAGGGUACUCAUUGUAUGCGCGAGUUGUUUGUGUCUACAAAAGGGGCUUUGCACUAUUCGUCUGAUGGGGGACGUUCCUUUUUCACGUUUCCGCACAAGCUUGGUGUCAUCCGCGUUCUUGAAUCGAUGGAUAUGGUUAUUCGGCGUUGUGAGGUUCCCCAGUUGCCGCAAGCGUUGGUAACUCGCAUGCUGUGCACAACAGCCGAAUACAUGAAAAACAGUAAGCCGGAAAAGUAUACCUACAGUGCUAUUGCUCAUCCUUUGGGUGAAGACGGCAGCGAAAAUGCUGAGCAGGGAGUAGUUGACUCGGGUAAAGUGAUGAUGACAGUUGCUCUUCCUUACUGCACGGAAAACGUGCACUAUCGAGUACUCUUGGUGGGUGGAAUUGGAACGUCGAUACUGCCGUACGACUACACAGCUCUGUUGUUCAUUGCGGCGACAUUAAAUAGUUCAACUAAUUGUUCUAUCCGCCUUGGAUCCUUAGCGCAAAGUGUGGAAUACAUGCCGUAUAUCCGUUCAGGAGCGGCGGAGCCCACCUCGAUUGCCCUCUGCAGACGCCCAGGAUCGAACGGGUGCGUGCUCGCGCGAAGCAAUGCUUCUGGUGUCAGUUUGUCGAGCGACAUGGGUAAAUCGUGGACAACUCCUACACAAGCAUAUACAGUGGCUGUUGUUGCUAUGGAUGGUGGGGAAUUUGCUUGCUUCAACCGGCGAAAUGUGGUGAGCACCAUCAAUGGUAGCGGCACUGACAUUCACUCUGUGCCAGCUGAGCUGCGCGUGCCCUAUUUGACCGAUGCUGCGGUGAUGCUGUGA